CGUGACAAUAAACAUGGCAGCCGAAAGUCCUUUUCUGGAUUUGUGUCAUGAAUAAAAUUACGAUUUUCUUGAAAAAGAUGUAAAUUUUCGUCUAAACAACUGUUUCAUCACUUAAAACAUGCUGGUGUAAGGAGCUUCAUGUAUCGUUGACCUUGGACUGGACUCUUUCAAGAUGAGUUAUCCUGAUUACCAGCAGAAGGUCGAAGAUCACCAGGCCUUGCUCAUCCUGGUCCGACAGAUCGGCUCGAAGACUAAAAACAAAGCGUUUAAUCGGGUGUAUGAUCGCCUCACGCGGGUGCAGUGUAUACGGAUACCGGAUCAACAACGGGUCAUAUGGUUACGCUAUAGGAAGAGCUACCCCCCGGAGAAUAAUGAAUGGGGUGAUUUUCAGGCGCAUAGGAAAGUGUUUGGCAUGGUGUGUGUUGGGCGGUGUGAGGAGUUGUCCGAUUUGGAGGCGCUGCAGCGGAGCUUUGAGUACCAGAAGAAGCAAUACAGCUCCACGUUGUUCGACUCCCGUCUGUUUGUUUUAGGGAUGGACGACAAGGGGAAGGUGUUUCGGAAACAGCCGAGCAUUGACUCGAGAGAUUCACGCGAGGGGACACCAACAAAUGCGCGCUCCAGGAAAAAUUCUAACAAGGAUAGCCCGGAGAAAACUUUACGGGGAUUUACUGUUGUGGAUAUUGCAUUUGAUGAUGUAGGUCGCGGUAUCGAUUCGAAGACGAACUUUAUGAUAUCUAGUCAGGAAAAUGGUGGUCUUGAUCUUGUCGAGCAGGAAACUGGGGAGAAGACGGCAGUUGUCGGAUUGAAUGAGGCUACUGAAGGGGUGAUUGUCGAUAAUGGUGACCAGUCGAUGGAAGAAGUGGAAACAACUGACGAGGGGAAUAGGCUGGUAUCUCCAUGUCAUCAUAUGGAAAUAAACGACCCUCUCCAAGCUAACUCGCCAACUGAUAGUAUCUGUGAUAAAAGUAACGAAGGGUCACCGAGUACCGACCGUGGGUCUCCAGGUUUGGGUUCGCCGCGUCAGUCAGUGCGAGGUUCCCCGCGGAAAGAGCGUGGCUCGCCGAGAAAAGAGCAUGGCUCGCCGUUGUUGUCGCCGAAAAGGGAACCCGGGUCGCCGCGGAAAGGUAACGGAAUGAUCAGUCCAGAUUCGGGUUCGCCCGAUGAGGAGAAGACUGUGACUGAAUCUGGUGACCAAUCGGAAAAUGGCGCCGCCGAGCGUGACAAUUCAAAACGUACGAAUAACGUGUGGUUUUACCCGACGAUCGAAAGUUGCUUUGACCUUGAGGAUAAAAUGCAGGAGUUUGUUAUGUCGUUAUUUUGGGUGCUAGAAGGGAAGAGAUUGGAUCGGUCGUUUGAGAAGCUGGAGAAGGUGCCGUUAUUGGCGGCGCCGUUUGAGAAGAAGGAUAUGGUCGGGAUCGACAUGGAGGGAAGGUCAUACAAGAAGAAGUGUCUUGGACGAUACCGGAAGCAUUUAGCGGACCUCAGCCUCUUGGCGGGUUUACCAGGGGAGGCACUCUUACAUUACCAAACCUCACUCGAUCUGCUCAAAUCAUCUAACGACUGGUUAUGGCUUGCAGGAGCCUAUGAAGGUCUCUGCUCUGCCUCCGUUGCCAUUCACUACCCAAAAGUCCAGAGACAGCCUCUGACGAGGAAUCUAUCCUUUUCAACAACUAGGGGGAAAUCGGCUAUGAGCGAGGCUAAGUUCAAAUCUGGUGGACUUUUAUCAUCUGGUCCAAACGGCCUUGACCUAGCCGUCGACCAGCGCAUGAAGAACUGCGUCCCUCAAGAUGACAUCAUCGAGAAAUACAAGGAAGCUUUGAGCCACUACAGCAAGUAUAAAAACGCCGGGAUUAUCGCUAUGGAAGCAAGUAUCAAGGCUUGCAGGGUCCUUGUGCUUCAAAAGAAAAACCUCCAUGCGGCCGAAUUCCUUCAAAAUGUUGUCUACCUGAAUCUGCAGCUUUCUGAGGAUGAGAAGAGAUUUUCACAAUUACCGGCUGGGGUCGCCUUGGAGAAGCAAAUUCAGCGAUUCAGCACCCUCUCACUACUCUACAGCCAGAUAGGAUUCUAUCGGAAGGCGGCGUUCUUCAAACGUGUGGCGGCCAUGCAGUGUGUGGCGCCGUCCAAUCAGAAGCCAGGAUGGAUCCAGUGCUACAAUUUGCUCCUACAGACGUUGGAUGGGUAUCGAAUCCCGAUGGACCCGAGGAAGUUCCCCGAUGAUCACACCAGUGGAUGGCCGGUGGUGCAACUGCGAGUCCUCCAUGAGUUGGUGUACUCAGCCAGGAGAAUGGGCAACCCUGCCGUCGCUAUAAGACAUAUGACAUUCUUGCUGCACACGAUGCUGGACCACCUCUCUGAGCAGGAACGAAAAGACAUCUCGCAAGUUCUCGAGACGUACACGUCAAAAUGUGAGGCUCCGACCGCCACGCUGACUUUGGACAAUGGCACUGUGCUCCCUCCCGUCCAGCUAGGAAAAUUACCAAUUGUUAAGUCUUUCAAACCCCUUAAUUUGCCGCCACAUCUGCGACCAAUCAAAAUCAAGUCGAAAGCAGACGUUGCAAAAGAGAACAACAGUCCAUUUAUAUACUCGCCAUUAAUGCUCAAACAGAACACGCGGAAAUUAUCAGGCCACAAAAUCGGCUUUAGUUGGGUUGAGGGGAAUGUGUGUGAAGUGGCCUUGCAAGUAUGUAACCCAAUGCCUUAUGAACUCAAAGUCAUCAAUAUGGGAUUAUUAACUGAAGGUGUCGAGUUUGAAUCCUACCCAGCCAACCUCUCCCUGCCAGCUGAGUCAGGGCCUUACCCUGUGAAGAUCUUAUGCACGCCGAAAGGUUCUGGACAACUCAAUGUCAUUGGUUACACGACGAAUGUUCUCGGUAUCAAGAACCAGUGUCUCCUGGAGGACACUAGCACCGUCAAGGAGGAGCGCUUUACGAUCGAGGUGGUGCCGUCUCUACCUCAGCUCCAGGUCACUACCUCGCUACCCAAGUCGUCGAGUUUCAGCAACAUGGUGGACAGUGCUAACGUCGUGACGAGCGCGGUUCUGAAUAUGUUUGCUGGAGAAAGCCAAGAAUGCCAAAUUACUCUCAAGAACAGUGGUGCAACUCCCGUCGAAAAGAUGGAUUUAUCAUUAGAUUCAAAACUCAACGCGGACACUCUGUCAAAGGUCUUCGUAUGGAGCUUGCAAAAUCUGGAGUCCCAGCUCCCCCUGAAUCCUGGGUGCCAGGCCUGUUUCACUAUUUACAUCAACGGUGUUUCCGACUUUCUGCCAACGGACAAAAGUUUAUAUGACGACACGAGUAAUUAUUUGAGCCCCUCGACCCGGCCUAGGAUGACCAGGGUUACAUCGGAACAAAAAACAUCGGAUAACUCAACAACAGACGAAUACACCACGAAAACGAUAGAAGCAUUGCUACGUCUCCAGUAUAGCGGGAGCGCUGGGCUUGCUGAGGGAUAUUGUCGUCAGUGUUCGGUGGCAUUUACGUUGGAGGUACAACCAUCGCUUGUCUUCAGUAAAUGGGACGUGGGGCCAACAGACAGUCCUAGUCAUUGCUUUUUGGUGCUUGAUGUCUUGAAUACAACCACUCACGAAGUCGACCUCAUGUACUCGUCAGAAAAUAGGGUCAUACUAGAAGCGAAGGAAUCGAAAAGGAUUGCCGUGCGAGUCGGUCGGUGUUCGGGUCUUCCUGCUGCAGAGGUCCACAAGGUUGGGACAAGUUAUGCCAAAUACCAACAUGAGCUUCUAGCGCUGCAGUACAGUCUGCAUCUCUCAGACUUUGUCGACAUCCGAUGGACUAUGGCUUCCACUAAAGCAGUCGGGAAGAUGACCGUGGACAAACUCUUGUGGACGCCCGCUCAGUUAGACACGAUACGAAUGUCUCCAGUCCAGUGGGAUUUGGUUGUGAAUGGAGGUUCCCACGAGCCAGAUGAAGAGGUUGUUGGCCAUGAGGGGGAAACAAUGGAAAUUCUGAUGACAAUCACUAAUAAUUCAGAUGUGAGCAUAGAGAAUGCUGUGAUAAGCCUUGGAUGUUUCCGUGACCAAAUGAACGGUAUCCAUGACUACGGCACGGACAAUCACGUCAUCUGUCUUGGAUGCGAUUCUGUGCAUUUAGAGAAGAUUGCCGUGAACGAGAGUUACAGUCAUCGCUGCCUGCUGCUCUUCUGUUUGCCGGGAUUAUACAAACUGGACAUUAAGUGUACUAGUCAGCCGAUAGGUGGCGCUGCCAGUGGCCAAAAACAUGAAUGGAGGUGCUAUACUGUGAAUAUUAAUGUUAAGGACGAAUAAAUUAUGUAAAUUUAUGUAAAUAUUGAUUAAUGGAAGUCUAAUUCAGGUGUCGUGUUGUCAAAACUGUUAAAGGCGUAUGCUGUUCGUUAGAAAAUGAAAUUUCUUAUUGAAUUUGACAAUAUCUUAUUGCCUGAAUAUGUACCAAAAAUGAAUUUCAGCAUUGCUGUCGUGUCGACGGAUAUACAAAUACUAUAAUAACCAAGUUUCAGCAAAUUCAGAUGCAUAAUAACUGCAGUACGGCAUUGUGUUUAACUGCAUUUCUGUUUUCCUGGACCACCAGUAAUUACGAAUGGCAUACCCCUUUAAAGGUACACUGGCCUGCUUGAUAUAGUUGAUUUGCCAUUGCUGCUGUACAUUGUGGUGCAGUUCCGUUAAAGUAGGCCUACAGUUUCAUGUGCUUGAUCCUGGUCUAUGCUAUUAGUCUGAACAAUGCUUGCAACAACUGUACAGUAACAGUGUAACUGUGAUGGAAAAUAUCGGAGAUUUCAAAUUUUGAGGGUCCCCAGGAGCACAGGGGUUAUCCGGAUUAUCAAGAGUGUUGCUUUUAAGAAUCCCCCCAUGCCAUGUCUCGAUUGAAUUGGAAGUAUUUGCAACAUUUUGCCAUAUAUGGGGAGGGGGGGGGGGUAUUGGGUGUUGAGACUAUCUGGAGUCGGUACUUAUGAAAUCGAUUGCAUAAUGUUGACUGCUCAGCCUCUGAAGAAAAUGCCAGAUUUUUAAUGCUCAGGAGACCAAACUAUUCAUCAGGACAGCUUUCGAACAACAAUUUGGUCUUUUAAAGAAAAAUGUUACUUCUUCUUCCAUGGAGUGUUCCUCCUCCAAGACGGGAUGAGCAUUUUUAUGUGCCACUAUGUUUAGGUGCCAAUUGGGUUUAUUAGCCUAGUGAUUCCGUCUUCGCCCAAGAAAGAAACAUGUUCACUUAAUAACUUCCAAUGAAAAAAUAGUUGCAGUUCAUUUGUAAUCCGACCGGAAGUUGGCACCUAUAGCCUUAAACUAUGUGGUCCUUUACUUGGAAUACUUUAAUACUGUAUUAGAGGGGUGGGGACUCCUUCAAUGAAAUUAGACUCAAAGUCUUCACUUGUAAAUAGUCAUUUGAGUUGGUGCAAAAUGUCAUGUUAUACUCUCUGUGUAUAUACUGUGCAUAUGCUUGUGGUUAUUCAAUUAAAGUGUUUUUCAUAUCUUUCUGACCAAAGGUACUUAGUUGAACUAAGGAAUGUGACCACAUCACAUUUACUUAAAUAUAGUGGUGUUACACAAUCCUUAGGGUAGGCCUGACUGGUGCUGUCAACUAAGCCAGUCAACUAUGACACCAGCUGCUUAGGGUUUAUGUAACUUUACUAGUUGUGAUCACACUAUUACAUUUCUAUAACUUAUAAGUAUACAAGAUGUGAGGCAAGUACCUUUGGCUAGAUCAACCUGAAAAACACUUUUAAUAUCAAAGUUUGAAGCUGAUUUUUUUUCAGCUUUUUUCGUCUCAGUAAUGAGACAACUUGUGACAUGCCAGUAUAAUUAACCAAACUACUGGGUGUAGCAGAAAAACAUUUAUCAUUUCAUUCAAGUAACAUAUGCCAAAACUGUAAUGAACAGCGGAGAGACUACGAUUGGUACUGCAGGAGGAAACCAGACGACCUGGAGGAUAUUCUCUCUGCCAGUAGUUACUUCCAUUAGAGGCACAUGAUGAUAUCUGAAAAGACAGAUCACUGAGGAUUGCUCAGUCCUCACAAUACCCGCAGAAAACACACUACUGUGUUCAAAAUGUUUUUAAAAACUCUUUUGAUCCAACCAACCUGUGCAGAUAAAUAAAGUUAAAGUUAAAAGUUAAAGUUUAGGGUUUAUAGUCUGAUAUCAACUAUGAUUUAGGUUAUCAUCCGACUUUCAGUUUAACCCCGGUCUGUCCUGAAACCUUUCAGUAGACCACAGAUGAGCUGCUCAACCAGCGCUAUAAUCUGUGCAUUUCUGACCGGUACCCAUUUAUACACCUGGGUCCAGAGAGGCAAGUAAGACAGAGAGACCAGCCUACAGUAGAACCUCUCUAUAAAGGACACCAUUGGAACUGACAAGAGCUGUCCAUUAGAGAGGUGUCCUGACUGGUGAGGUCAAAUUGAAUGAUAACAACCAAUUUAGGACCAAAACUAGUGUCCUUAAUGGAGAGUUUGUCCUUAAUAGAGAGGUGUCAGCUAAGGGAGGUUCCACUGUAUAUUUAUCAGGUGAUGCAUGUAUCAUUUUCCAUUUAUCCGUACAGUUAAUUGGGGUUGAUCAAUUGUAUGAUUCUGGUAUCAUCUAGCACCUGUGAUCUACUCCUCCAAUCAUUGAGUAGCAGAUCCAAAAUGGCCACCUGUUGCAUAACAAUGUAGUUAAGCCAAAAUUGUACGCAGGAGUCUUCUGUGUAAUUUGUUAGCAAUGGAUUCUGAAAUUGUUGCCUCUUGUUUCUUCAUAACUUAUAGGAGGUGUUGUUGUAAAAAUUAACAAAUAAAUUCAAGUCAUAAAACGAA